AUGGAAACAGAACAUGAUGAAAACUAUGAAGAAAUAGCAGCAGCAAACCGUUCAAUCCGAGGAAAAAGUGAUAUUGCUUGGUCUCAUGUCAUUCAAUCAAAAGAUGCAAGAGGGAAAACAGUCAUUCCUGCACAUGUGCGAUAUAAGAUACAAAACGCAUUGAAAGAUAUUGAGAACAAGAAGAAGAAAAAUAUUGUUUUGGGUGAUAUGAACUUAGACGGUCCAGAAAUUCAUGAUGUUGAUGGAGACGAUAUCAAUGUUCGCCCAAGUCAAAAGAGGAGGAAACAAGGUAUUGAUCUACACAACUACUUUAAAAGAGGUGUGCAUGAUCAGACCCAACCCUCUAUAAAAGCGUGUAUGCAAAGUAAAGAGAGAAUACAUGAUGUGGAUAUGUCUGUUGCAUUGUGGUUUUAUGACGCUUGUAUUCCGAUGAAUGCUGUGAAUUCUCCACUUUUCCAGCCCAUGAUGAGUAAGGUAGCAAGUAUGGGGCAUGGAUAUGUGGGACCUUCAUACCAUGCUCUACGUGUUGGAUUGUUGCGAGAUGCUAAGGUGCAAGUUUCUUUGAUAAUUGAUGAAUUUAAAAGUACUUGGGCUACUACUGGAUAUAAUGUGGUUCAUUUUGUGACUGAUAGUGCACCCAACUACAAAGCUGCAGGAAAGCUUCUUGUUGAAAAGUUUCCCACCAUUGCUUGGUCUCCAUGUGCAGCUCAUUGUAUCAAUCUGAUAUUGGAAGAUGUUGUAAAACUACCUUCUGUUCAUAGUUUAGUGCACCGUAUGGCUAAGGUGACCAUCUUUGUUUACAACCACAAGUCGACUUUAAAUUGGGUCAGAAAAAGACCAGGUUGGAAAGAGAUUAUUCGUCCUGGAGAGACACGUUUUGCUACAAAUUUCAUUGCUCUACAAAGCCUCUAUCAACAUAAAGAAGAUCUACAAGCUUUGGUUACAAGUACAGAUCCUGAACUUAAGCAGCUUUUCAAAACAUCUAAAGCAAAGGAAGCUAAAUUGCCUUCGUUGCCAUAUGUGUAUGAAGGGAUGUAUCAAGCAAGAUUAGGCAUUAAAAAGAUGUUCCAAGAAAAAGACGCUCUCUACAAACCUUAUACAACCAUCAUUGAUAGAAGAUGGGAUCGUAUGUUGCGCCACGAUCUUCAUGCUGCAGCGUACUACUUAAACCCGGCUUUCAUGUAUGAUCAAACUACAUUUUGCGAGAAGCCUGAGGUUAUGAGAGGGUUGAUGAAUUUAUUUGAGAAGCAAAUAGUGGCUAGUAAAACACAGCUCUUUCAAGAGCUUAGGACUUAUAGAGAACAUGAAUGGUGGAGAUAUUUUGGUUUUGAUGCUCCUAAUUUGCAAAAGUUAGCAAUAAGAAUUCUUAGUCAGACAGCUUCUUCAUCUGGAUGUGAGCGCAAUUGGAGUGUAUUUGAAAGAAUUCAUACCAAGAAGAGGAAUAGACUAGAGCAUCAACGACUUAAUGAUCUUGUCUUUGUUCACUACAAUUUACGUUUGCAACAUAGGUUAAAAAGAAAAAGAUCAUAUGAUCCUGUUGACUACGAAUCUAUUGAUAAGACAGAGUUUUGGAUAGUGGAAGAAGAAGAAGCUGGUGAACUUGAAUAUGAUGAAUUAGAGAAUGCCCUUGCUGAAGAAUAUCCAAAAGAUCAAGAAGAUAAUAACGCUGAAGAUUCUAAUGGUAACUUUGAUGAUGACUUCACUAUGCCACCUGAAGAGUACGAAUGGAAUGAGGGUAGAGAUAACUAAAAUUGGUUAUAAUGAACUCUUGUUAGUGUUUUUUUUUAAGUUUUAUCACUUUUAUUUG